CGCGAGCAACGAGAUCUCGGCGUGACACCGGAAAUGCAGAAGAAGAAGAAAAAGAAGCAGAAGAAGAACAUCGGCGGCCCCAGCUCAGCUUCACCGUCCUGCUUGUUUUCGAAAACAGACUCUGAGAUAAACAGUAAUUAAGAAACAUGCCAGCGGUUUCUAAAGGAGACGGGAUGCGAGGUCUCGCCGUUUUCAUCUCUGAUAUCCGGAACUGUAAAAGUAAGGAGGCAGAGAUCAAGAGAAUAAAUAAAGAGUUAGCCAACAUUCGCUCCAAGUUUAAAGGAGAUAAAGCUUUGGAUGGCUACAGUAAGAAGAAAUAUGUGUGCAAGCUGCUGUUUAUUUUCCUGUUGGGGCAUGACAUUGACUUCGGCCACAUGGAGGCGGUGAACCUUCUCAGCUCCAACAAGUACACUGAGAAACAGAUUGGCUACCUGUUUAUCUCAGUGCUGGUGAACAGCAACAGCGAUCUGAUCCGCCUCAUCAACAACGCCAUAAAGAAUGACCUGAGCAGCAGGAACCCCACCUUCAUGAACCUGGCACUGCACUGCAUCGCCAACGUGGGCAGCAGAGAGAUGGCCGAGGCGUUCGCUUCAGAGGUGCCGCGCAUCCUGGUGGCAGGAGACACAAUGGACAGUGUGAAGCAGAGCGCAGCUCUGUGUUUGUUACGGCUCAACCGGACGUCCCCAGAUCUGAUCCCCAUGGGCGAGUGGACGUCCCGUGUGGUGCAUCUUCUCAAUGACCAGCACCUGGGAGUGGUGACGGCAGCAACGAGCCUCAUCAUCACUCUGGCUCAGAAGAACCCGGAUGACUUUAAGACUGCCGUGUCUCUGGCUGUGGCCAGACUCAGCAGGAUCGUCACGUCAGCAUCCACAGACCUUCAGGACUACACGUAUUACUUUGUAGCAGCGCCGUGGCUGUCGGUCAAACUGCUCCGCCUACUGCAGUGUUAUCCACCACCAGAGGAUGCAGCGAUUCGUGGACGCCUAACCGAGUGCCUGGAGACGAUUCUGAACAAAGCACAGGAGCCUCCCAAAUCCAAGAAAGUGCAGCAUUCCAAUGCCAAGAACGCAGUGCUGUUUGAGGCUAUCAGUCUCAUCAUCCAUCACGACAGUGAGCCGACCCUGCUGGUGCGAGCCUGUAAUCAGUUGGGCCAGUUCCUUCAGCACAGAGAGACGAACCUGCGGUAUCUGGCCCUGGAGAGCAUGUGCACACUUGCGAGCUCAGAGUUUUCCCACGAGGCUGUAAAAACCCAUAUUGACACUGUAAUCAAUGCACUAAAGACUGAGCGCGAUGUGAGUGUGAGGCAGCGUGCUGUAGAUCUUCUCUAUGCCAUGUGCGACCGCAGCAACGCCAAGCAGAUUGUCGCGGAGAUGCUCAGCUACCUAGAGACAGCCGAUUACUCGAUCAGAGAAGAGAUUGUGUUGAAAGUGGCCAUCCUGGCAGAAAAGUAUGCAGUGGAUUACACGUGGUACGUAGACACCAUCCUGAACCUGAUCCGCAUAGCCGGAGAUUACGUAAGUGAGGAGGUGUGGUACCGAGUCAUUCAGAUCGUCAUCAACCGAGACGAUGUGCAGGGAUACGCUGCGAAAACCGUGUUUGAGGCCCUACAGGCUCCAGCCUGUCAUGAAAACCUGGUAAAAGUGGGCGGCUACAUUCUGGGCGAGUUUGGAAAUCUUAUUGCCGGAGACCCGCGAUCAAGCCCACUUAUUCAGUUUAACCUCCUCCACUCCAAGUUCCACUUGUGUUCAGUUCCCACUCGGGCUCUGCUCCUUUCGGCUUACGUCAAGUUCAUCAACCUUUUCCCCGAGGUGAAGGGCACCAUACAGGAGGUGCUUCGUUCAGACAGUCAGCUGCGUAACGCUGACGUGGAGCUGCAGCAGCGUGCUGUCGAGUACCUGCGCCUCAGCUGCAUCGCCAGCACCGAUAUACUGGCCACAGUGUUGGAGGAGAUGCCGCCUUUCCCCGAACGAGAAUCCUCCAUCUUGGCUAAGCUGAAAAAGAAGAAGGGGUCAGGAACAGUUUCCGAGGUGGACGAAAGCCGAAAAGAGCGCAAUGCUAACAUUAAUGGGAACAGCGAUCACACCACGACUAACGCAAAGGUGAACUCUUCUCCUCCUUCUGAUCUUCUGAGUUUGGGAAACAGCACAACUCUGAACUCUGCCACUCCUCCAGUGGCGUCCAACACGGGCAGCCUGCUGGUGGACGUCUUCUCCGAAAACCUGCCUUCAGCCACUUUCAGCUCCUCCACACCCAUCAUCGAGGAAAACCUCUCCAGGUUCGUGUGUAAGAAUAACGGUGUCCUGUAUGAGAACCAGCUGCUGCAGAUCGGCCUGAAGUCUGAAUUCAGACAGAACUUGGGCCGCAUGUACGUGUUCUAUGGGAACAAAACCUCAACACAGUUUGUGAAUUUCUCUGCCUCUGUGGUGUGCCAUGAUGCCCUCAGUAAUCAGCUGAACGUUCACACGAAAGCAUCUGAUCCUGUAAUAGAUGGAGGAGCUCAGCUUCAGCAGGUCCUCAACAUCGAGUGCUUAGCCGACUUUAUAGAUGCUCCAGUGCUCAAUAUACAUUUCAGGUAUGGAGGCAGUAUACAGAACAUCUCCGUUCGACUUCCUAUCACUCUCAACAAGUUCUUCCAGCCCACAGAAAUGACGUCUCAGGAGUUCUUUCAGCGCUGGAAGCAGCUCAGCGCUCCUCAGCAGGAGGUGCAAAAGAUCUUCAAGGCCAAGCAUUCCAUGGAUACAGAGAUCACCAAGGCGAAGAUUAUCGGGUUUGGAACAGCACUGCUCGAUGGAGUCGACCCGAAUCCUUCUAAUUUUGUUGGUGCUGGUGUUGUACACACAAAAACGAUACAAGUCGGCUGUCUGCUGAGAUUAGAGCCCAACACGCAAGCACAGAUGUACCGGCUUACACUGAGGACUAGUCGAGACACUGUGUCCCAGAGGCUGUGUGAGCUGCUUUCAGAACAGUUCUGAUGGCUGCUGUAUCCCAUCAGGCCGUGCUAGCCAAUGAGGACGGUCCUUCAUUUCCUCUCUGUGAGCGUAUAAACACUCCUGCACUUCCCUGACCCACUCCUGAUGAUCUGAUGUAGCUCAUUUCACAUCUAUCCUUAUAUACAUCACUAUUAACUCUGUGUACAGUGUACAUGUCCCAAUGAAACCUUUAUUUUUUACUGCCACAUAUAAGUGACCUUUUCUCCCCCACAUUUAGCUUGGCUAAUCCUUGUCUGCUUAAAUCAGGCCUUCAGAUAUAUAUAUGAGGCUUUUUUACAACGAUGAUGAUGAUUAUGAUUUAUUUCUACCAUUUUGUUACACGCCAAAUGCAGACAGAAAAUUGUGUAUUAAAAGAACGGGGAGUGAUUAUCGUAGCUGGACAGAACUCCAUCGUGACUGAUGUUACAUUGAAUUGAAUCCAGUCGCUGAAACAAGUGCCUUGGACUAGUACAGCUGGAACUCUUAAGUCCUGUGGAGUGUUCUGGAGAGGAGAGAUUUCAGUGUUUUAUUGAGCUCAUUUAGAAUAAAUCAGUUCUCAGGGGACAACAGCCUAAUUCUUCUUUUCUGAAGCGUCAGUGGAAGAUCUACAAAUGUAAAUCAGUAACAAGUGCUUUGAAAGUGAUGAAUUAAAAGUGCUUGAUCUUUAAACCACAUCAUGGCUUGGGCACUGCCAGAUCUCCACGUGCCUUCCACUUGUGUAUUCCAUCCGACUGUUGCCCUGUGACUGUGUGUCUGUUGUCCACAUCUGAGAGCAUGUUCUCCCUACUUUCAGAUGGGUUUUUGCCAAUUAAACUACAAUAUGACACUCA